UCUACCGGUUUCCUCGAUUUAUUAUUGCUCAUGAAUCUCUAGAGCUACCUCGCGCGUCCCCCCCUAGACUCUAGCCCAAAAGGCGCCCUCCCCUAAAAACGAAGGGUCGUUGGCUCGUCCCAUACUCGAAAACCCCCUACGCGCGUGUUCAUCAAUAAAGCGCUUAAGUAUCACGAAUGCUUCCUUCAUAUGCGUCGUCGACCAGUCCCAAGAUGAUGUCCCAAAGGCACCAUUCCUCUGGAUAUUCCAAUGGCUAUCCACGCAGUAGCAACACCUUCGACAUUUCUCCCCACAGAUUUCAGCCGCGCGCCUCGACACCAGCCGCACGCCGACGGAAAAGCCUAUUGACGCGAUUGGGUAUACUAGCUAUUGUGAUCAUACUGAUUUGGCUAUUUGUCUGGCCAGGAAGUGUAUCCCUCCCCUCCAUAUUCUCAUUAGGUCUCAUGAGCGCAAGUGGUGAUGUCUUGAUGGAUACGGUGCGAUACUACGAUCUUUCCAACGUACAAGGGACCGCUCGCGGCUGGGAACGGGAAGAGCGUAUCCUAAUGUGCGUGCCAUUACGAGAUGCUGAAUCCCAUCUUAAUAUGAUGUUCUCGCAUCUUCGCAACUUUACUUACCCCCACCAUCUUAUCGACCUCGCUUUUUUGGUUUCCGAUUCGAAAGAUAGAACCUUGGAAUUGCUUGUAGAAAAGCUUGAGGACUUGCAGGCUAGCGAAGAUCCCAAACAACCCUAUGGAGAAAUUUCUAUUAUCGAGAAGGAUUUUGGCCAGAAGGUCAACCAAGAUGUCGAGAGUCGUCAUGGAUUUGCAGCACAAGCAAGUCGCCGAAAGCUGAUGGCCCAGGCUCGCAACUGGCUACUCAGCGCAACUUUACGACCGUACCAUUCGUGGGUUUAUUGGAGAGAUGUUGAUGUGGAGACUGCGCCAUUCACCAUUCUUGAGGAUUUGAUGCGCCACAAUAAGGAUGUCAUUGUACCAAAUGUUUGGCGACCACUUCCGGAUUGGCUGGGAGGCGAACAGCCGUACGAUUUAAACUCAUGGCAGGAAUCGGAAACAGCCUUGGCUCUUGCCGACACCCUUGAUGAAGAUGCUGUCAUCGUAGAAGGUUACGCUGAGUACGCUACCUGGCGCCCUCACUUGGCUUAUCUUCGCGACCCUUACGGUGACCCUGAUAUGGAAAUGGAAAUCGACGGUGUCGGGGGAGUGAGCAUUCUUGCUAAGGCAAGAGUGUUUAGGUCGGGUGUUCAUUUCCCGGCAUUUAGUUUCGAGAAGCACGCUGAAACUGAAGGCUUUGGCAAGAUGGCUAAACGAAUGCAAUUCUCUGUGGUUGGACUUCCUCAUUAUACGAUUUGGCACUUGUACGAGCCUAGCAUCGAUGAUAUUAGACACAUGGAGGAAAUGGAAGCAGAGCGUCGAGCCAAAGAGGCCGAGGAACAGAACAAACAAGAUCGGGAGAAAAAGAUCAAGGAGCAGUUCGGCGAUACCAACAGUCAAUGGGAGCAAGAUAAGUCCCAAGUACAGAAUCUCGCAAAAGAGGCCCAGAAGGAACAGAAGGAGCAAAAAGAGCAAAAAGAGCUGAAGGAGCAUAAGGAACAGAAGGAGCAGAAGCAGCAGAAAGAUGAGAAAGAACAGAAAGAACAGAUUCCAGACUCCAAGAAGAAGGAAGAGUCGAAUCCAGACUCCAAAGCAGACGCCAACAAGGUCGAGGACAAGCCCAAGAACAACCAGUUUAGGGUAGCGGCCUAAGGAGAAAGAUAUAAGAUAUAAUGACGAGUACUCUUCUAUCGGGACUUGACUGUUCACUGCCUCGCUUCUGGGCCUAUUCAUAAUCUACACCAUUAAUGAGACAGCAUGAGGAUGGACUGCAAAAAUAAUGAUUGGGGUCAGGUGUGGAUGGGUGCGUAUGGUCGAUAUUGGUCACUUGUACGAUAAAAGAGGACCAUGGCCAGGAUCAUGGCACUGGCGUUUUGGUAGUGUCGGUUCGAUGCAUGUUUAUGAAGCAUGGGAUACAUGUAUUGUUGAACGCAGUAAAAGGAGCUGCGGUGUUUAUUGUAUAGACCGGCCUUGUAAGGCUAUAUUAUAUCACUUAUAUCACUUAUAUCUAUUGUUACCUACUAAGUAACUACAUAGUACUACCUAUCUAGUAGGUAAUGAUCGUACCUAGUAAUGUAGGUAGUUAUGUG